GUAACCCAGCCAAAAGGUACCUAGGUACCUAUGUGGGUACUGGACCAGGUUCUUAAUAGCUUAGGUGAACGUAUUCAAUUCUUAUCGAUAAGGAACAUUCAUUCCCAGCUUCAUGAUCCAAGAGCUUUCGAACUACUUCAGACAAACGGUUUAUACACAUUCUAAUACCCAAAAUCCGGACAAAACUGCGAAGUCGCGCCAGUGAUACUGCCUCCAACUUGCGGAUUGUGGAAAAACCGCCCAUGUCACAAAAGCGAUCCCGCAAAUCCUUCGAAGACGAGUUCCAAGACCAAGAGUCGUACGUCGUCUACGGCACCCCCCUACCGCCCCUCGACCCCGACGUCCGCGACGACGGCUCCUACGUCCCGGUAUGGAAGCAGGAAGUGCGGGAUGAGCGCGGCCGCAAGCGCCUCCACGGCGCCUUUACCGGCGGCUGGAGCGCGGGCUACUUCAACACCGUCGGGUCUAAGGAGGGCUGGACGCCGUCUACCUUCGUCUCGUCGCGCGUGAACCGCCGGAAGGACGAUGCGGCGGCUAAGCAGCAGAGGCCGGAGGACUUUAUGGACGAGGAGGACCUCGCCGACGCGGAAGAGGCGAGGAAACUUCAGACUGCGCAGGGGUUCGCCGGGCUAGGGUCUACGGAUGAAGAUGGGCUUGCUCAGCGGGGAGGGCUUACGGAUCUGUUCCGGGUGAAGGGGGAUACGAUGGGAAAGAAACUUUUAAGGAAGAUGGGUUGGAAGGAUGGCCAAGGAAUUGGACCGAAAGUCCGUCGGAAAGCUCGGCUUGAGGUUGGCGGCGGCAAAUCAGGCGGCACGGUUCAGGACGGGGGCGAGACGUAUCUCUUCGCGCCGGAUAACGUAUCCAUGAUCUCGUUCAACAAGAAAUUAGAUCGAAAGGGACUAGGCCACAGGGGAGAAUCGCGAUUGGCACCAAUGAGAAGCAACACACGAACGGAAGCCGGUUCAAGCUCUGAUGAGGACUCGCGAAACGGACCUUUAAUACGCCCCAACGCGCUGAAAAAGAAGAAACCGAGCAAAUUCGGUAAAGGCGGGAUAGGCAUUGGCGUCCUCAACGAUACGGGAUCCGACGACGAGGAUCCGUACGAAAUCGGGCCGCGCAUAUCGUAUAACCGGGUCAUAGGGGGCGACAAAAAGAAAAAGAAAGCAGCAAGCACUACGACAUCGGCCAACCCGGCGCUCCGCUCCGCACCAGUCUUCAUAUCCCGCAAGCACGCCCUCGCCCAAGCGGGCAAGAACCUGCGAAAAUGCCACGACGGCCGCCUCCCCCUCGACGGCUUCGUCUUCGGCACGCGGACAGACGACCUAGCAUCCUCCAUCAACUCGGAAGUCAACAAGUACCCGCCGCCCACGAUCCCGCCGGACUGGAAGCCUAGCAAGCAACGCCAGCCCGACGACGCCUCCUCCGCAUCAAACCCGAACUACGUCUCCACCGCCGACGCGGCCCGCGCCUCGAAUCUAGACCCGCGCUCCCGCGCCGCGCUGCUAGGCGAGGCCCAGCUCCAAGGGAAAUCCGUCUUCGACUUCCUCUCAGCAUCAGCGCGCGAGCGGCUCGCCUCCGCGACAGGGAAGCCAAACUUACCCCCGGCUCUCGGCGAGAUCCCAGCCGGCUUCGCGCUGAGCGACGCGGAGAGAAGGCAGCAGCUCCUGCGCCGGGUCCCGGAGCUCGACAAGGCGACGGCGGCGGCGGCGAUCGCGCGAGGCGCUUCGGGCGGCGGGUCCGCGCCGUACGCGGAUGAUGAAGCGAAGAGGGGACGGUACAGGAGGUACCUCGAGUGGGCGGCGGGUUUCGCGGCAGAGCCUCCUGCUAAGGCGCCCGACGUCUCGGAGGAGGAUUACCUCCGCGAACUCCACGAGUUUCGGAAGUGCGCGCUGAUUUUUAAGCCUAUGACCGGCGCUAUGGCGUCGCGGUUCACGACGUCGACAUCCGCGUCUGGCUUGAAGGGGAAUGGAAACGGGAACGGGAGCGGGGCUGAUGGGAAUACGGAUCUGGUCUCGAGGCCGCCGCCUAAGCCGGCGGAUCCCGCGGAGCAGGCCGCGCGCUUGGGCAUGUACGGCUCGAUGACGCGGAGCACGGCGGACUUCUACCCGACGAGGUUGCUGUGCAAGAGGUUCAACGUCAAGCCGCCCGCGCACGUGCAGCCGGAUCAGGAGCAGGAGGGCGCGGGUGCGGGUGUAAGUGGGAAUACGGCGAAAAGCAAGGCUGCGGAUCCGUUUAGGACGUUUAGUUCCGGGGGCGUGUAUUCGGAGAGCGCGAUGACGCUGGAUGAGCUUGUGAGGUCGGCGCAGACGCAAACGCAGGCACAAGGAGCCGGGGGUUCGGCGGCGGGUGAUGGCGGAGAAGUAUCAGCAUCGACGACGUCUAAAGCGCCGGAAGUACCGCCUCAACCGCAAGCGACGGCGGUCGUGGUGAACGCGGAAGUUAACGAGGUGUUGGAAGGGAAGCGAGCGGAGGACGAUGUCCUAAAAGCUAUAUUUGGUGAUAGCAGUGAUGACGAGGACUAGGUGCGAGGACUAUAAAAGUAUUGGAGUAUAAAGCAUGUAUAUUUAAAGAUCGUUGGAUGCUCGCAAUUGUUAUACCCUUAUUGAAUACCAAUAUUUAACGCUAUAGCAAGUCAUACUCAUAGGUAGUAUGUGGGAAGCAACUGACCGACUCCUUUAUAUGUACGGCUUACAACCUUCUAAUGUCUUAGUCUAGAAACCGGUGAA